AUUUAUUAACCGACAGAAACGAUGCUCCGUUCAAUGAGUCGGUCCAGUGAGUUGACUCGAGGACGGUUCCGUGAACCGGGUUCAUCUCGUCUGCGUCGCACAUGAUACAAGUAUUGUCAGACAUCGAAGAAAUGCCAUUUAGCACCGCUUGAAACUUGUCACUUGAAUUGAAAUCCGAGUACAAUGAUGGACAAAAUCAUUUUCACAUCUGUCGAGCCAAGCCUUCACAGUAAAGUAAUGAAACCCCAACGCACUAGGAUGAGAGCUGUAUCGGCAAUGGUUUUUCUGGCCUUAUGUGCGCUGCUGGUUAUAAUCUACCAGGCCGUACAGCAGGAGCUUAACAUCCGCAACAUGAACAAACGCAUUACUGUUUCCAGUCAACAGGUGAAGCUGAAGGAGGAUGGGAUCCUGGCGGCCAAGACCAAAGUGGAAGAGCUGAAUAAACAACUUAAUCCUCUGAUCACACAGAGGGAUCAACUUAAAAAACAGAAGGACGACAUUAAGAAAGGCAAUGCUAAUUCUGAAAAGGAACUAGGCACCUGCCAAGCUGAGAAGGGUAAAUUAGAGAAGCAGAAAAACGAAGCAAAAGAUUCACUCCAGAAACUAAAGGAUGACCAAGAAGCCGAGAGGAAGAAAUCUGAGGAGGAGAUUGAGGGUCUGAAACAGCAAGUUCUAGAGAGAGAUUUAAAAAUCUGCAAAUUUGUGGAUAUUACACUGGAUGAGCCAAAGAAGUUGUGCGCUGGUACAAUUUGAAGGAGCUUUGUGGAGGAAUCUGGAGUGCUCAGGAAAAAUGUUCUGAAUGGAACUGUGUAUAGCUUUUUUUUUCCUUCAUACUGCUCUUUUGACUUUGGUAAAUAUGUUUUUUCAUUAAAAAAUGAGGAAUGUUUCCUAAUAAACAGUGCACUAAAUGUGUAAUGAUGACAGAUGUGAAAAAAGCCUCUUUGGUUUUUGUAUAAUUUUUCACAUUUGCAAAACCCCAAUUUUUUAAGGAAGUGCCUGCAUGGUUAUUCUGUGUACAUUACUUUUCUAUUUAAAUUCAAUGUUCAUUUUGUGCUUCCAUUGUAUGUGCUUAUACAAAUGUAAGGCAUUGUCUGUUUGCUCAUCAUACAGUGUAACUUGAACUUGAGUGACUUUUUUUUAGUUUUUUGUUUGUAUUGCAUCAUUUCACUUGAGCAAUUAUCUACGGCUUAAACUAAAGAUUCUUUGGAGAAUUAGGCGGGUAGUGUUCUGUUCUGCACGCAAUUGGCUGUAAGUGUUGGAGGAUGGGCUGUUCUGGUUAAUAAAAAAAAAGGUAGACUAGACGAGGAAUCUAAAUGUUAAAGGUCAUGUACAGUUUGAAGAACCAUUAGUCUUUGUCAUGUAUAUGGCAGAUUUAAUGUAAUUAUUAGCAGUUACUUUUAUUGUGAGCUUUGUAGUAACACUAAAUGGACUGUGUAUUUGCCUAGGUGCAAAAUAGUCAGUCUUGUUAACCUGUUUAUCCACAUUCAUGCCAUUUCCAGUCAGUCUUUACGAAAGUCCUUUGAGUCACUCUUUAAGGUUUUUAAAAUGUACCCUUUAAUUUUAUAAUUGAAGUUGCUUAAUGCAGUUAAAGUUCUGCUAGGUGAGAGCCUGUGCAUAUUUACAGUACAGUGGAUACUAUCUUUCUUCAUAGUUGCUAAUUUAACUGUGUAUUCUUAGAACAGGACACACAAACAUGUUCUAAUGUGAACAGUGUUUAACCACCCUUUUAUAAGAGUAUACGCAACAACAGACUUUCCAACAGCCACAACAGAAACCUGUAAUUCCUGAUUAUUAAAAACAAAAACAUUUACAUCGCCAUGUUUUUCAGAUUCACCAUGAAUUAAUUCCUGAAAUAAAUAAAUAAACAAACAUCA